AGCAGUCGUAGCAGUCGGCAUGAGAUAGAACCGACCAAGACGACAUACAUCCUAACAAAAAGUAAUAGAAAAACGAGUAUAAAAUUAUUGGCAUUAGGUCUUUAGAAAAAGGCCGAAAUUGAGAAAGAUACAGAUAGAGAUACAACCGACAUGAAAUUACUGAUAAAUUAUUACUAAACGCGAGUACAUCUACGUGGAUUAAAAGCCAUUUUUGAGUAUAUCUCACGUGAAGAAGGGGCACACUAUCAGUAUUAAAACGCAUAAUCGGAUGGGUUACUCGCAAGUCGGUAAUAUUUCCUAUAAUAAUUAACGAGACCACGUAGAUUUAAAAAUCCACUGUAUGUUACACUUAUUUCUUUGAUACCAAAUUUCGAGGAAACAUUGUAACGAUGAACGAUCUCUUGAGAGAGUUGGAAGCUUUAAAGAUAACCGGGAACAUAAAGGACGAAGCUCUCUGGACCAAGUCCAUCCAGCUGAUAGAAAAGACGUUCGUUCCCCAAAAAUCCUGUGAGCUUAAUAGAUCGUACGAGGAAAAGGAUUUUAGGGAGUACAGACUGGAGGUCGAUCGAAACCUGAGGAACGUCAGAUCUAUAUUACAGCAUGUUUUGCAUAAUUGGAAUACGUGUAAUACCAGGGCAGCUCUCGAAGAUCUCAAGUUUAAGACGUUUUGCGUGGACUUAAUUAUAUUAAUCGGGGAACAGAGCGAGAAGAGCUUAUGGAAUUCCGCAGAAUCCGUCUCAAUUGCUAACGAACUAGCAGCCGAUGUUUGCAAUUUACUUGGGUGUGAGAAUUUAUCUCAGGCAUUGACCGGGCAAGACGAUAAGUUGACGGCAGCGCUGUUAACGCUGAGACCGAAAUUGUUAAAAGAUACGUGGAAAACGUACCCGGCUGCUGUUACCUGUUACAAGUGGAUGUUGUAUCAAGUAGAAGUACCAAUUUUAUCAAAUUAUCUCAAUGCCAUAAUUCCGACGGCGCUUAUAAUAUUCGAUGACUACGAACUUCAGAACAGGGUUAAAGGUCUAGAAUCUAUACACAGAAUACUUCAACACUGUUCCACCACAAGAAUCUUGAUCGACACAGGCUACGCAGAAGUACUUUUCAGUGCUUUGGAGAAAUUAACGCAUCAGCGAGAAGUUGCUUACGUGGUGCCACUUUAUUCGUGUCUCGCUAUGUUGUUGGCGAUAAUGGAAUUUUAUGAUAACUCGACGAAUACCUUUUCGUGGAGCAAACGUGACAACAUAUUAUGUACAUUGUUAGAUAAUAUGGAAUGCGAACAACGUUUUGAAUUACGUCAUGCGUACAUGCUCAGCUUACCACAGCUCUUGACUCACAUCGGAUGUGCCAAAUGGUGUGAUAAAUUAAUAAGAAUCUUGUCUGAAUACUGUGAACAUCACACGGAUCUGAGAACUCUUAAAGCUACGUUGGAGACUGCGAAGGUUAUCCUUCUGAUGUUCCAUCCAAGAGUUCCGGCACAUUGCAACGCCCUUUACUCUACUUUCCUGAGAUUACACUUCGAUUUAACCGAAACACCAGUUCUCGAUAGUGAAAUAACCCAGACAUUAGAGGAAUGUGUAUUUAUGUUGUAUAAAUUGACCCCAACGGUCGGGGGAGCAAUAAUGCGCGACGAUAGAAUGAGAUCAAUUAUUAAGAAUAGUCUCCAAGUCGUGUGUUUAGGUGACUCAAAGUAUUUAAAUUGAGACCCUUUAUAUUCUACAAGAAAGAACCGAAGUACUCGAUGGAAAUUGCAAAUGCGUUGCUUUAUCACUUUUACAUAAGGAGUCAUUAAUUAAGAGUAACGUUAUAUAUAGAAAUAGUAGUUAACCUAGAUGCGACACUUGUAGUAAUGUACAUUUAUUAUUUAGUUAUAAUCCUUUGAUUGAAUAUAUUAAAAUUUUGUAGUCUUGCAAAAUAUAAAACAUUCUCUUUUGCACAGAGUGACGGGAGAGAAGGGAACGAAAGUCAGAGAGGCUCGAAUUCGUCGAGCCUAAAACAAUAGGGUGGUUUAUAAACGCGAUUGAAUAAUUAUAACGAAUAUGCAAAUUUCUUGAGGGAGAUUGAAUGUACGCUCGACACGUAAUACCAUGUUUCAAGUACA